GGCUUUUUACUUUUGUAUCACCAGAUGGCGUGUACGGCCAUUUAAUUUAAAAGUUUAAGUAAUGAGCAAUACUCCUAAAGUUGACAGGUCCCUUAAUACAUCCUUCCAAUCACCUACUCCCGAUACGCUUCAAUUUUCCCCUAUCAAUGUGCAAUCCGGACGUAGUCCCUUAAAAGGAAGGUUGACGGGAGAUGCUAGAAAAGUAAAAGAUAACAUUGCUGACUUAUAUAAUUACAUUCAGAAAUGGAAGAAAUGUGUUCUGGAUGGUUCUAAAUGCCUAGCUGAAAUAACUGAGAUACUAUCUGAAGAGAAUAAUGCUACUAAGUCAGAAGAAAUCAUUAGAAUGUUGUUACCAAAGACUUCUACACUUGAAAAUAUAAUAGAAAAGAUGGAACAUUACGUUAAUAAGUUUCAAGCACUAAAUAAAAGUUUGAAAGGCAUUGAACAAUUGGAACUUUUCCGAAAUGAUGAUUCAAUUGUGGAACAGCCAUUAUUUCAAACUUGGACAAUCAGUGAAUUCGGAGAACAAAGUGAAAGAUUGCUAAGAAUGUAUGAAAAGGAAUUAGAACUUAAGAAAAUGAUAUUUAAGAAUAUAUGUCAUAACUAUGCCGAAAAGGAACUUUUAAUAUUUUAUUCAUCAGCGUGGAUACAUGAACCUUACAUUGAGUUACAGCACGACUUUUUAUUAGAAAGUAUGCUUGUAGAAAGUGGUCAUAAAUGA